UGCCGCCGCUAUAUAGGGACGCACGCCACCCAAAGACACACAUUUUACCGCAGACAGAGCUUCACAGGGGUCCCGGGAACACAGCACCAGCACACUACUUUCAAGAUGACGUGGCUGAUUCUCGCUGCAUUGUGCCUGUUUGGAAGCUAUUCGAUGACGUCUGGAGCCCCAUUCCCGGGACACGACGGCGGCUACAGUGGCGAGGAAAUCGGCUACGGCGGACUCGAGAAUCUCCAGCAAGAGGGACACCAAAGUCAUCACCAGGAGUACGACUACUACGCGUACCCCAAGUACUCGUACAAGUACGGCGUGAACGACCUGCACACGGGCGACAUCAAGUCGGCGCACGAGGAGCGCGACGGGGACAAGGUGCAUGGCCACUACACGCUCGUGGAGCCGGACGGCGCCAUCCGCACCGUCGACUACACCGCCGACAAGCACUCCGGCUUCAACGCGGUCGUGCGCCGCACCGAGCCCCUCCACCACGACAAGCACCACGAGCUGCUCGACCACCACCACGUCUAGCGGGGCCCGCUGGUGUCGAGGGCCACCUGAGGGCAGCUGCAGUGCGCUGCCAGUCCUACUUGCGACAGAGAUCUGACUAUGUCCCUAGUCAUCCAGAUGGUGAAGGUGUUGCUGCACUUGUCUUUCUUUCACUUGGAAAUGAAAAAAGUAUGCUGCUCCCUGCAGUUUUUCAUACUGGUAGAAUACUACACCUACAGAGAGGUGCAACUACUACAGAGAAUUACGCACGACACGGGUUGUUUCGCUGGGCUGAAUUGAUUAUCGAGUUCCAUUGCAAACAAUGUCUAUAGAUACAGAUUUUGCUG